CUUCACUGCCACACAGAGCUGAUUCGGUUUUUACCCCAAAAUACCAAAUGAUGAGCAGACAGAUCCCUGGCUCAACUCACCCAGCGAGCGAUGUGACCCACCUGACCGACACUGUCUGGUUCCCAUCGCCUGUGUAGACCAGUAUGAGCAGCCUGUGUGUGUUUGCAUCCAGCAGAGUGAGCUUCCAAAGUGCGCACAGGCUCUUCUCUCAGUAGAUCUCGUUGGCCCUGCAAAGCUGCAUCUGCACCACUCACAGGACAGGAACGUUUCAAUCAGCUAAGACUCAGCACCAUGAAUCUGUUGCGAUUAGUGUGCCGCCACAAGACGGCCCUGGUCAUCGGCACUGUGUGCAGCUUUGCUGUGGUUCUGGUCUUCUUGGCUAAAUGUACCUCAGAAACCCUGAAACAGGGCCACCAGGAUCCUCCAGGCCUGGCCCCUCGUGCCAAUGCUUUGCCAUCCCGUCCAGAGCAGCACAAUCCAGCUUCCACGUCCAAAGACUUGUCGGCAUUCCUGGUGGUCCUCAUCACAACCGGACCUAAGUACACAGAGCGUAGGAGCAUCAUCCGCAGCACCUGGCUGGCCAAGCGGGACUCUGAUGUUCUGGCUAUGUUUGUGGUCGGAACUCAAGGUCUAUCCAGUGAGGACCUUCAGAACCUUAACACAGAGCAAGGGCGGCACAAGGACUUGCUCCUACUGCCUGACUUGCGAGAUUCUUACGAGAACUUAACACUCAAGCUGCUGCACAUGUACUCCUGGCUGGACCAGAAUGUGGAGUUCAAGUUUGUCCUCAAAGCAGAUGAUGACACAUUUGCUCGUUUGGACCUCCUUAAGGACGAGCUGAAGGGGAAAGAGCCCAACCGGUUCUACUGGGGCUUCUUCUCAGGGAAAGGGCGAGUGAAAACUGCCGGGAAGUGGCGGGAAAGCUCUUGGGAGCUUUGUGACUACUACCUGCCCUACGCACUGGGUGGGGGCUACUUCCUCUCGGCUGACCUGGUACGAUAUGUGCAUCUUAAUGCAGGCUACUUCAAGUCUUGGCAGAGUGAGGAUGUGUCGCUGGGCGCCUGGCUGGCACCAUUGGAUGUUCGGCGGACACAUGACCCACGCUUUGAUACAGAGUAUAAAUCUCGUGGAUGCAACAACAAAUACCUGGUGACACAUAAGCAGAGUCUGGAGGACAUGUUGGAAAAACACCAGACUCUGCAGCGUGACGGCAGGCUCUGCAAGGAGGAGGUUAAGCUGCGACUGUCCUAUAUUUAUGACUGGAGUGUGCCACCCUCACAGUGCUGCCAAAGGAAGGAUGGCAUUCCUUAAUAUUCAUUUAUCUUUUUUAAAAGGCCCUGAAGUUGGCUUCUGAUUGGUAUCCUCCGAGUCAGGAAAAAAUGAAAGGAUAAUGCUUUUUAGCUAAUUCUGCAGUGAUACACCAUUUAAAGUUACGUAACAAGGUCCAGACAACAAAGUAAAUGCCUUAAUGUUGAUAAAAAGCCCAUUUCAGAUUCGGAGACCCUUUUUUCUUUUUGCGAAAACACCAAAAAAAAGCUAAUGGGAUUUAAAAGUAUUAUCUCUUAAAUCUCGAACAAGAAGCCAACUUCAGCCUUGUGUCAUUUUCGGCCUGUAAACUCCUUAGGCCUCGUUAUUUGAACCCAUUCUCAUGUCAGUGCUCUCCUUAAUGCCAGUUUACCACAUUGAUGGUCUAUUUCUCUCCUCUGUCUGUGCUUCUUCGGUUGUACCUUUUGCUAGAUAUUUUCCAACACUACGGGAUAUGUUUUAAGGUUAUUUCAGUGAUGUACAUAGUACAGCGCGACGCGGACUGGAGAAUCUUACCCUGCCAUGAUGUCUACAUUAUUGGUAAAAGCAUUUUUUAUUGGUAUUUUAUUUAUUGUUAAUUUAUUCUGCAGCAAACAACACACUGGUGUUGAGUUGGGACGGAAGCACAUUGGCCGUUGUUGCUGCUCGUGAGUUGAAUUUGUAUUUAUAAAUGUGUCGGGGGUGGGGUCAUGUAUAAUCACAGAAUGAAUGGGCAAGAAAUGUACACUUUUUAAUUGUAAAACUUUUGUUUACGGGUGAUGGUACAACAAGGUUUCAUGUGUUUGGAGGUGAAAAGAAUGUGUAAGAGAAAACGGUUUAAUGUGUUUUAUUCGGCAGGCCUUCUUAUUCCUUAUACUGGAGCCUUUAUGAGGAGACGGUCCCACUUUAAGGUUUAGGUCAAGGUUAUUUGUAAAUGGUUGAUUGCAGUGCACCACAGAUUCAGAUUGAGAAACUUGAUAUACACUACCAGCUGGCACUUGGUCACUUUUUUAAAACAAGAAAUAUAGUUUUAAAGUCCAUAAACCGUUGUUCAAUUACUGUAUUUUUUGCUGAUGUUAAGCUCCUCAACUUGAACUUACCCUGUGAACUCGGUAGCUGUCUCCAGAAACUUGUGAAAUGUGUACAGCAUUGAUUAAAGGGUACGAUAUGUUGGAGCACCAACAGUUGAUGAAUGCUGCAAAACGAGCUACGUCCAAGCUUGUUUCUAUGACGGCGGUUAACGUUUUUGUGAAUUAUGACAUUACUUUUUUUUAUCAGUGUUGUCACUAGCAGAUUGCAAUUCAAUAUAACCUAAGUUUCACUGUUUGUUUUUACGUACAUGGUCAGCCUCCCUCGAUGUUUUAUUAAAGAAAUAAUGUAUUCUUGUCACUUCUAGUCUUAUAUAUUCAUUUUUUUAAAGUAUAUGUCACAGUCAAAUGCAUACAACUUUGAAGAUUCUCUACCAAAGGCAGAACAGCUUCAAGGGGACUUGAUGAAAUGUUUUCUAAACAAUAUUACAAAAAUACAAUAACCUAACUUUCAAUGCAAUUAUAUGUAGGAAUGAUUCUAGUGUAAAAAACACUUUUGGGCCUCAUAUCUGUACACAACUCAUAUUUGAGAGG